AUGAUGGUGGCGCAGGUGGUGAGUAGCGCCGCCGCUGCCGCGGGCACUGGCAGCUCGAUGUCUGUCACCGCUCGACUAGCGGCGGCGGCGGAGGCCCGCACAGCCGCGCCUCGCACACACUUUGGUAUCUUUGAGAACAAUGCGAACGACACUGCACGUCAGCUGCUCUUCCGUGGCGAGAAGCGGCGGCGCUAUUGUGUCAUCGUCGGUGACCUGCAAAAUAACUCUCGCCAAGUGACUCUGAAGCUAUUUGGCCACAAGGGAGCCAAACCGUUCAAGUUACAGAACAAGUUGAUCCGCCUAGUGAACCUGUCGAUCGGCAAGCCACGGCGCGGAACGCUGCAGUGGCGCGUGGCACACGGGCUCCUGGAUGACGACGACCUAGAGGGGCAGCAGCCGGGGGAAGAGCAGCGGACUGAUAGCGAUGAAGAGCAAGAGGAGGGACAGCAGCGUGAGCAGGACGAGAGGGCUGCUGACAGCAACGCGGAGAGCGCCGUGGACGACGACGAUGACAUGGGCCAACGGGGCGAGGCUGCUGCUGCUGUGAUUUAUAGAAAGGACAACAACGGUACAAGGGCACCGGCGGAGGCGCAAGUCUGCGACGCAGCCGAUAUCACUGCAGCCGCCGCCUGUAGAGCGGCUACGGGCUACACCCCGCCUCCGCAGGUGCUGGACUCCACUCAGACGGCUGAAGAACGCGCCUUUCAGAAUCAGACGCACGCGGCUGCCGGCUUUGACGUGGAGGAAAUCAUCCCCUUUUCUUCCUCCUCCGAGGACAACGACGAUGAGGAACACCAGGAAGCCCGACACCGCAAGGCCAUGGCGAUAGCGGAGGCAGCAAGCUCUAUCGAGCGCGCCGCCGCAGCGGUGCCGAUUCCCGAAAGCAACAGUGAUGGCGAUGACGGGGAUGAAGUCGUGGAGAAGCCUGCCGCCCCGAACCCUGUCAGCGACGGAUGCCUUCACGGUCUUGCGCCACCGGCGUUGUUGGCCCCCGACGUCGUGGAGACGCAUGCUACGACUGGUGGAAAUCAUGGUGUUGGCAACGCACCUGCUGUCGCAGCACACGCAGACCCCAUGGCACCAGCGCCUGCUGAGACCUCCGCGAAGGCUGUUGUGACGGCAGUGAAGCACAACACUGGCAGCCUCGACCACCACUCGAAGGGCAUCGAAGCGGAGGGCGAGGACGUGGAUCACUACUUGGACAACGAUGACGAGGUGGUUCCCCUGAUAGUGCAGCAGGCAGGCACAGGAGCCGCCGUCAUGUACGAGACGAGCCUUGCCACCAGCCCGGUGUUGACGGCGAAGCGCUUCGCUUCUCUGCGCGACUACUUCCUACGCGAGUUCCGUUUCCUGCUCAAUCUCGAGGAUGUCCGCGCGCAGAAUGUGUCGGUGAAGAUCAACCUCGGUGCGGCCUAUUGCUGCCUCGCCCGCCAGGGCUCCUACUCCACUCCGCUGAAGCACGCCACCUUUGGCGAGUUUGUCGAGCGCAUGAACACAGAGUCGAUGCAGCUCUAUUUCAUCAAGGACUGCCCCGCCUGUGUGUCGCGUGCGGUGGACAUGGAGAGUGGCUCGUUGCACUUCCCCGCUAGCUCGACGACGGUGAAGAUUAACUUCUUCUCGAACGAGCGCCAGAGCCGUUCCAUUGCGCGGGCGGUGUGGGACAGCGAUGUGGACCAGUUCCGCCUGCUCGAUGUUGAGAACAUUGGCGUUACCUUCAACUGGUCCGUCUUUUCUCUCGAUGAGACGUUUGUGCGCCGUAAGAAUGAAGUGCAGGCGGUGGCUGCGGAGGGCAGCGGUAACGGCACCGCUGUUGCUACCGGGGCGUCCGUCACCAGUCCGAGUGCUGCGACAACGCCGGCUGCCGGCGCAGCUGAUGCCUCUGCGACUGCGACAGCAGCACCUCCGCGGCCGCCAGUGCCCGCGGCAGACAGAGCGCGGAUGGGGCCGACCCCUGUCGGUAUCGGCGUGGACCCUGACUGCCCCUUCCACAACAUGCGUGCCCCGGGGCCGAAGGAGGCGGACAAAGCUGAUGGGGCAAGCGUGGAGACGACGGCACCGGCGGCAGAGGAGGUGAAGAGCAUCCACCAGAUGCCCAUUGACGAUGACGAGGAUGACCUGGCGCGUAACAAGACUGUUGCUUACCCCUUCGAGGUGGAGUUCCGCGCCUACCGUCGCUGGAAGCAGCAAGACGACAACCCCGCCGCGCCACUCGCCAAGGCGAUUCUGGAAGAGCUGUCGCUGGCCGAGCACAACUACCUCAUUCACGGCUCGACGGCCACGUACGAGCGCAUGGACCUGACGAACGUCUGUGAGGUCGACUACGCUGCCGAAGACCUCAAUGUGGAGAGCAUUGUAGUCGAGCACACGUCGCGCGUGAAGCCGGAGGGGACGGACCUCCUCGUGGACAACACAACAUCGCUUUUCAUUGAAAACUUCGCGGCGGCACGCCAGUUGAAGGAGAAGGUGGCGACCUACGGCCCCAUCAAGGUAGCGGCGAUGCAGAACCCUAGCAACAACAACUUUAUGCGCAGCGUCACGGCAGCGCGUCGGGCUGCCGGUCGUGGCAGUGGUCACGGGGCGCGUGAUGCACUGCACCUAACCCCAGCCGAGAUGUCGGAGGUGCUGAAGCCAACGUCGAAGCUAACGUUCUUCCGCUCGCGUGGGUCAACGAUUCACUGGAAGCUGCGCCCCAACAGCAGCCUGGAGGAGAACAUUGCCCCAAUGACGGAGGCGCUCUCCUUUUUGCAGCAGGUGCUUCACACAGCGAACGAGAUUGAGCGUUACUCAGCACGCGGUGGUGCAGCACCAGACGCCCUCUAA